CUCCUGUUGUCUCUCUUUUUGUCCUAGGUGAAGGUUACAGAUGAUGAAGGGAGACAACUUGAUGAUCCCAUUUCCAUAACGAUCAUCGUCACUGACAGGAAUGACAACGCUCCAGUGUUUGUACAGGAGACAUUUUCAGCAAGAAUCCACAGGGGAGCACGUGCAGGAUACAGGAUUCUGUCUGCAGCCGCCACUGACCUUGAUGACCCCCUCCUGCCUAGUAGUGACCUGCGCUACAAAAUCCUCCAGCAAAUUCCAGCACAGCCCUCGGACGGAAUGUUCCAGAUUGAUCCUCGGAAUGGUGACAUCUCACUGACUGCAGAAGGAGCUGAGUCGUUGGUUCUUGGUUUGGUUGAGCAGUAUGUCCUGACUGUUCAAGUCAAAGAUAUGGGAGAUCGACCACAAGGACACUAUAUACGAGGGGAAGUCACGAUCACUGUCACAGAAAACCUGUGGGUUCCUCCUAGUCCUGUCGCAGUCCGGGAAAACCACCAAGGGCCUUAUCCUCUGGCUGUCUCAAAGGUUCAAUGGAAUAAUGAUCGAGUGAACUACAGCCUGGAGGCCAAACCACCUUCUCCUGAAGGCCCUUUCAUCAUCGACCAAGAAGGCCAGAUCUAUUUAACUGAACCGCUGGACCGGGAACAAGGAGCAGAGUAUGCACUGCUGAUAUCUGUAGAGAGCUCUGAUGGAGAGCUUCUUGAUGAGCCACUGGAGUUGAGAGUAUCGGUGACGGACGACAACGACAACGCGCCCGUGUGCAUCCCUGAGAGUUACCAGGCAACAGUCCGUGAGCAACAGGUUCAAGGUUCACAUCUGGUCACCUUGACAGCGACUGAUCAGGAUGAUCCCAGGACUGAAAACGCCCACCUUUCCUUCCGACUCCACAGCCAGGAACCUUGGAAUGAUGGCAGGCUGCUGUUUACCAUCAGUGCCAACGGGACCUUGACACUGGCCAGGGACAUGACCGGCUACACAUCAAUGAAAUACCAACUGGAGGUGCUGGUGGCUGACCAUGCUGGAUUGUCAGGGACUUGCACAGUGACUGUCGAUAUUGAGGAGGUGAAUGACAAUGCACCAGUAUUCCCGCAGAAACAGGUACACCAGUGAGGAACGUUCUUUGGUAUUGUUUCAACAUUCACAUGUAGGAUGCUCAGGAAAAGCCAUGUCAGACCACAGUUCCCCUGAUACUGUCCCCAUCAAGCGAAAGCAGCAGUAGCCACUACAAUUUGUUAAGUGCACUCAGGAAAGUUUCCUCAAGCAGUAUAUAGAGGGUGCUACUCGGGAAGGGGCAAAACUCGACCCACUUUUAGGAAAUAGGGGAGGACAGAUGAUGGAGGUGACAGUGGGGCAGCACUUUAGGACCAGUGACCAUAGUUUUAUUAGUUUUAAAACAGUUAUGGAGAGGGAUAAAACUGGUUCACAGCUUCAAGUUCGAAAUUGGGACAAGGCAAAUUUGUACAGAAUUGGACAGGAUUUGCAGGGGUUGAUUGGAGAUUGGAGUAGUUUGUUUGCAGGCAAAGGGAUGUCCGGCAAGUGGGAGGCCUUUAAAAGUGAGAUAACUAGAGAUCAAGGUUCAUAUGUCCCUGUGAGGGAGAAGGGCAAGACUAGCAGGAAUAGGGAACCCUGGAUGACAAGAGAUA